GUUCACACAUCCGGCGACAGCUGUAACUCCGACAGCGGGGAUUGAUGCUGAAACACAGGCCUGGACGCUGACACCCCACUGCCUCCCCCUUUCCCCUCCCUCGCUCUUUAAAAAUGUCUUUAUGAUAUAGUAAUAGAGGCAACUAGGCUUGAACCUGACAGUAACUAAAGUUGCUUCAACCCCCUCCCUGCUAAUUGUUGGGCUUAAACCCCAAUACGAGGUCAGUUUCACGUGAUGUUCCUGCUCAGGGUGCAUUGAAAGUUAUAUAAUCUGGCACUGAUGUCCUUGCACAAUUUUGAAUGAUAGUGUCUAGAAAGGGUAUGUCCCUUAAGGAGAGAGGUGCCAAUGUCCAACCGGCCUAAUUACAAUACAGGGGGGUCACUGCGACGUUCACAGAGGAACACUGCCGGGGCCCAGCCACAAGACGAAGCAGCAGGAGGAAGAUCACAGUCAGAGGAGAGAAACCAGAUUCCAAGGACGACAACUGCUAAAGCAACAAAAUUGCAGUCAGACACUACCUCUGGUCAAUCCAGAGGGCGUGUGUCGCGAAGGAAUUCCAGGAGCUGUAGCUCUUCAUCGGUCGCAUCUGUGCCACAGCAAGAAGAUAGAAUUAGGUCUGAUAGACCCAAAACGGGACAAACUAAAAGGGACAACUCGAAAAGCAGCCUAAGAGGCGUAAAGCGUGGUCCAAGUCCUGAUUACAGCAGUUCAAACUCAACCUGCUCUGCGAAAAGAUCCAAAGCCCUUCAAUCCACUGAGAAUCCUACUGAAACGCAAAAACACAAGCUGCAAACUAAGUCCCCAAAGAAAAGGAAACCUGUGCAGGAUCAAAUAAGAACUGCUCCAGCAGCAUCAACUAGUAAGGCCCAGAGCAGAAAACAGACUGGGUCUGUUGGUGCUUCCCCUUUUCAAAAAAGGAAAAAGCUUGAACCUGCUGCAUCUAUAAGUGAUUCUCUGCCUGACUCGAUCAGUGCUGAAGAGAGAUCUGCUAAACCAACCAAGCUGGCUUCAAAAUCAGCGACCUCAGCCAAAGCUGGGUGCAGCACUGUCACUGAUUCUUCUUCCUCUGCCUCUACAUCAUCUUCCUCCUCUGCUGCUGUGCCUCAGGGAGCCAGGCUAAAACAAGGAAAAGAUCAGAAUAAAGCUCGUCGUUCUCGCUCAGCCUCCAGUCCCAGCCCUCGCAGAAGCAGUCGGGAAAAGGAGCAGAGCAAAACUGGUAGUUCCUCCAAAUUUGAGUGGGCUGCUCGCUUCAGCCCUAAAGUUAGUCUGCCAAAAGCAAAACUGUCACUCCCAGGAUCUUCUAAAUCGGAGACUUCAAAACCCGGGCCUUCAGGCCUCCAAGCAAAGUUAGCCAGCUUGAGAAGGUCUACCAAGAAGCGCAGUGAAUCGCCACCAGCAGAGCUCCCCAGUUUGAGGCGGAGCACACGGCAAAAGACCACGGGCUCCUGUGCUAGUACCAGUCGGCGAGGCUCUGGCCUGGGCAAAAGAGGAGCAUCUGAGGCUCGCCGACAGGAGAAGAUGGCAGAUCCUGAUAACAACCAGGAUGGAGCAAAUUCUUCUGCACGCACAGAAGACGUACCUCAAGGAGCAUCGGCGUCUAGUUCUGUUGCCGGAGCCGUGGGAAUGCCAACCUCUGGAGAGAGCGAGUCAGAUGAUUCGGAGAUGGGCCGAUUACAAGCUUGUCAUUGUCUUCCAGCUUUAUUGGAGGCACGUGGCCUUCCACCCCACCUUUUUGGUCCUCUUGGUCCACGAAUGUCCCAACUUUUUCAUAGAACAAUUGGAAGUGGAGCAAGUUCCAAGGCACAGCAGCUUCUACAGGGUCUACAGGCUACUGGAGAUGAGAGCCAGCAACUUCAAGCAGUUAUUGAAAUGUGCCAGUUAUUGGUAAUGGGAAAUGAAGAAACCCUGGGAGGAUUUCCAGUGAAGAGUGUUGUCCCAGCAUUGAUAACUUUGUUGCAAAUGGAGCACAACUUUGACAUUAUGAACCACGCUUGCAGAGCAUUGACUUACAUGAUGGAAGCUCUACCUAGGUCAUCGGCUGUGGUUGUUGAUGCCAUUCCAGUCUUCCUUGAAAAGCUGCAAGUCAUCCAGUGCAUUGAUGUAGCUGAGCAAGCAUUGACUGCUCUGGAAAUGUUAUCACGAAGACACAGUAAAGCCAUCCUACAAGCUGGAGGAUUGGCUGAUUGUUUGCUGUACUUGGAAUUCUUCAGCAUCAAUGCACAGCGAAAUGCUUUGGCAAUUGCAGCAAACUGUUGUCAAAGUAUUACUCCUGAUGAAUUUCACUUUGUAGCUGAUUCAUUGCCCUUGUUAACUCAGAGACUGACCCAUCAGGACAAGAAAUCUGUUGAAAGUACUUGCCUGUGCUUUGCUCGACUGGUGGACAACUUCCAGCAUGAAGAAAAUCUGCUGCAGCAGGUAGCAUCUCGGGAUUUGUUGACAAACAUACAGCAGCUCCUGGUGGUGACUCCUCCAAUUCUUAGCUCUGGCAUGUUUAUAAUGGUGGUCCGCAUGUUCUCAUUGAUGUGUUCAAACUGCCCCACUCUGGCUGUGCAGCUGAUGAAGCAAAAUAUUGCAGAAACACUGCGUUUUUUACUUUGUGGCGCUUCAAGUGGCAGCUGCCAAGAACAAAUUGACCUUGUACCAAGAAGUCCACAAGAACUCUAUGAGCUUACUUCCCUUAUCUGUGAAUUGAUGCCUUGUCUACCCAAAGAAGGAAUUUUUGCUGUUGAUACCAUGCUCAAGAAGGGAAGUGCACAAAAUACAGAUGGUGCAAUAUGGCAAUGGCGUGAUGACCGAGGUCUGUGGCAUCCAUACAACCGAAUCGAUAGUCGCAUAAUAGAGCUCGUUUACCAGAGAAAACCACAUGGGAUUAAAAUGGCAAUAUUCAAAUUGUAUUCUAGAAAUUGGCUGUUACCAGCAAGCAUUGCGGCCCAUCAAGUGGGUGAGGAUGAAAUAAGCUUGUCAACAUUGGGUCGAGUUUAUACUAUUGACUUUAACUCUAUGCAGCAGAUCAAUGAGGACACUGGGACAGCCCGUGCUAUUCAGAGAAAACCCAAUCCAUUGGCCAACACGAAUACUGGUGGUCACUCUGAAACCAGGAAGGAUGAUGCACGUGCUCAACUAAUGAGGGAGGAUCCAGACCUGGCUAAAUGCUUUAUAAAGACAUUGUUUGGUGUGUUGUAUGAAGUGUAUAGUUCGUCAGCUGGACCUGCUGUCAGACACAAGUGCCUUAGAGCAAUUCUUAGAAUAAUUUAUUUUGCUGAUGCUGAACUUCUAAAGGAUGUUCUAAAAAAUCAUGCUGUCUCCAGCCACAUCGCGUCCAUGUUAUCAAGUCAAGAUUUCAAGAUCGUAGUAGGAGCACUUCAGAUGGCAGAAAUUUUAAUGCAGAAGUUACCAGAUGUUUUCAGCGUUUACUUCAGAAGAGAAGGAGUGAUGCACCAAGUGAAAAACUUAGCUGAGUCUGAGACUCUGCUGACCAGCCCGCCCAAGGCAUGCAGUAGUGGGAUAGGAAGUCUGGGCACAACGGCUACAAUUAGCACAGCUACAGCUGCAAGCAAUACCAUUCCUGAUCUAGGAUCUCCCAGCUUCCAAAGUAUGGACGACUCUUUGGAUUUAAGCCCCCAGGGACGAUUAAGUGAUGUCUUAAAGAGGAAAAGAUUGCCAAAACGUGUAACCAGGAGGACGAAGUACUCGCCUCCAAGAGAUGAUGACAAAGUAGACAAUCAAGCAAAGAGUCCUACAGCUGCCCAGUCACCUAAAUCUUCCUUCCUAGCAAGUUUGAAUCCCAAAACAUGGGGAAGGCUAAGCACACAGUCAAAUAGCAACAAUGCUGAACCAGCACGCACUGCCGGAGUAAGUGGCAUUGCACGGGUCACCUCAAAGGAUACCAUGUCCAAUAACAGAGAGAAGAUAAAAGUGUGGAUAAAGGAACAAGCCCAUAAAUUUGUUGACCGUUACUUCACCUCAGAGAAUGUGGAUGCAAGCAAUCCAGCACUGAAUGUUCUUCAGAGACUUUGUUCUGCCACUGAGCAACUAAGUUUGCAGGUGGAUGGAGGAAUUGAGUGCCUUUUAGAAAUUCGCUCAAUAGUCUCGGAGUCUGAUGUGUCGUCCUUUGAAAUUCAGCACAGUGGUUUUGUAAAACAAUUGCUGUUGUAUUUGACGUCAAAAAGUGAUAAAGACCUUGUGAACCGAAAUGUCAGAUUGAGAAGGUUUCUUCACGUUUUCUACGGUUGUCCUCCUCCAGGAGACGAACCUCUUGAUCGACUUGAACCUCUUGGAAAUGGGCCUUUGCUUGCAUUGGUGCACAAAAUGAACAAUUGUCUGAGUCAGAUGGAGCAAUUUCCAGUGAAGGUGCAUGAUUUCCCGAGUGGGAAUGGAACAGGAAGCAGGGGCUCCCAGGCUCUGAAAUUCUUCAACACGCAUCAGUUGAAAUGCCAGCUGCAGAGACAUCCGGACAGUACCAAUGUCAAGCAAUGGAAGGGUGGUCCAGUGAAGAUUGAUCCAUUGGCUUUAGUACAGGCUAUUGAGCGUUAUCUUGUUGUCAGAGGGUAUGGAAGAAUACGUGAAGAGGAUGAAGAUAGUGAUGAUGAUGGCUCAGAUGAUGAAAUUGAUGAAUCAUUGGCUGCCCAGUUCUUGAAUUCGGGGAGUGUAAGGCACAGACUGCAGUUUUACAUAGGAGAUCAUUUGUUGCCUUAUAACAUGACUGUUUACCAAGCUGUCAGGCAGUUCAGUGUGCAAGCUGAUGAGGAAAGAGAAUCUACUGAUGAUGAGAGUAAUCCAUUAGGACGGGCAGGAAUAUGGACAAAAACCCACACGAUAUGGUACAAACCUGUUAGAGAAGAGGAAGAAGGAAAUAAGGAUACAGUUGGUGGGAAGCGAGGAAGAGCUCAGUCUGCACCUACAAAAACCUCGCCCAGAAACGCAAGGAAACAUGACGAGCUGUGGCAUGAUGGUGUGUGCCCUGCAGUGGGAAAUCCUUUGGAAACCUACCUGAUUUCAAUUCCUCCAGAUGGUAUAACAUUUGAAGACCCAUCACUGGAUGUAAUUUUGCUUCUGAGAGUCCUUCACGCUAUCAGUAGAUACUGGUAUUACUUGUAUAAUAAUGCAGUUUGUAAAGAGAUUAUUCCCACGAACGAAUUGAUCAAUAGCAAAUUGACAGCAAAGGCUAACCGCCAGCUUCAAGAUCCUUUGGUUAUUAUGACAGGAAACAUACCAACAUGGUUGACAGAGCUGGGAAGGACCUGCCCAUUCUUUUUCCCAUUUGACACUCGGCAAAUGCUGUUUUAUGUGACUGCAUUUGAUCGUGAUCGAGCCAUGCAGAGAUUACUGGACACUAAUCCAGAAAUCAACCAGUCAGAUUCCCAGGAUAGCAGGGUUGCUCCUCGUUUGGAUAGGAAAAAGCGCACAGUGAACCGGGAAGAGCUAUUGAAACAAGCAGAAUCGGUGAUGCAGGAUUUGGGGAGCUCCAGGGCAAUGCUGGAGAUACAAUAUGAAAAUGAAGUUGGCACAGGUCUGGGUCCGACAUUGGAAUUCUAUGCACUUGUAUCUCAGGAACUGCAGAGAGCUGAUCUCGGUCUGUGGCGGGGGGAUGAAGUUACACUGUCGCACCCUAAAGGCAUCCAAGAAGGGACCAAAUAUAUCCAUAAUCCCCGUGGCCUCUUCCCUGUUCCUUUUGGAAGAAACACAAAACCAGCAUAUGUCGCCAAAGUAAAAAUGAAGUUGCGAUUUCUUGGCAAGUUCUUGGCCAAAGCAAUCAUGGAUUUUCGACUGUUAGAUUUGCCCCUCGGCUUAUCAUUUUACAAGUGGAUGCUCCGACAGGAAAAUUCCCUUUGCUCCCAUGACCUUUUCAACAUUGAUCCAGUAGUAGCAAAAUCAAUUUGUCACCUUGAGGACAUCAUAAAACAAAAAAAGAAAUUGGAACAAGAUCGAUCACAGAGCAAAGAAUGUCUUCAGCAAGCUCUGGAAAGCCUAAACAUGAAUGGCUGCUCUGUGGAAGAACUAGGCUUGGAUUUCACACUACCUGGGUAUGCUAAUGUUGAACUGAAGAAAGGAGGGAAGGACGCAGUUGUCACCAUACAUAAUUUGGAAGACUAUCUGAGGCUUGUGGUUUACUGGACCCUGAAUGAAGGUGUUUCCAAGCAGUUUGAAUCUUUUCGAGAUGGCUUUGAGUCUGUUUUUCCACUCCAUCACUUACAGUAUUUUUACCCAGAGGAGUUGGAUCAACUGCUCUGCGGCAGCAAGUCUGAAGCAUGGGAUGUGAAAACUUUGAUGGAGUGUUGCAGACCAGAUCAUGGAUAUAAUCAUGACAGCCGUGCAGUGAAGUUUCUCUUUGAAAUACUCAGUAGUUUUGAUGGUGAGCAACAAAGACUAUUUCUUCAAUUUGUAACUGGAAGUCCCCGACUUCCUGUAGGAGGGUUUCGGAGUUUGAACCCUCCACUGACCAUUGUCCGCAAGACCUUUGAGUCUACCGAAAACCCUGAUGAUUUCUUACCCUCUGUAAUGACCUGUGUUAAUUAUCUCAAAUUGCCAGAUUACUCCAGUAUCGACAUAAUGCGUGAAAAACUUUUAAUAGCUGCCAGAGAAGGGCAGCAGUCGUUCCAUCUCUCCUGAUCACAGCAUCUGAAUCUUCAAGCUGCCUGUUACAACAAAUGACAAAAAUCAUGAUUUAUUUUCUAAGUAUAUCACUGCAUCAAGGCAAUGUGUACGGCGUACCUGUUGUAGAAAUGGCUUGGUAUGCUACAAUUCUUCAACAAAAAGACAUGGAUGGUAUAUUUAUUAAAAUAGCCCCUACGGACUGAAAUUGAAAAAGACCCCAAAGUUAAUGCAAGAUUUAAACAAAUAAAUUCUUAAAGAAAUUCUUGUUAAUUUAACAAUUAUUUGGGUGCAGUUUUUAAAUCGCUUUUUUGCUGUGUGGUAUUCAAAUUCAAAAGAAAGGGAUGUUUAUCUUCCAGGAUGACGGAACAAUAAAAUGUCACUGUGCAGUUUGAUAUUGGUGUGUAUAUCCAUCUGGAGCUUACAUUUCUGGUGAUUUUUUUUUUUGUUUCCAAAGAUUAAUAUGUACAAACAUACAGAAAUGACUCGCUUAUACCUUGCAUAAAAUAAUUUAACCUCUGGUUAGUGUCAUUUGCAUUUUUCUUGUCAAUCUUCACCCUCUCCUUCAUCUGGUUUGUCUUUUUCUGUUUAACUCAUCUGCACUUGUGUGAUGUAACAUAGGGUUCUGCUUUUGUGUGUGAUGUUUCCUAACCCCACGAUGCAACCAUAGGUUAAGGUGGGAGCUUGAAGAUUUAAGCUUUACUUAACCGACAUCGCCCUCAAUUGUAUCAUAGUCUAAAAUUUAUUCCUCUUUACAAUAUUCAGAUUCUAGUACUUGCCCAUAGUUUUAUUGUGAAACAAUAGAACUGUUGGCAGAAGCCUUUAAUCACACACUAGAAUUGUUUACAGAAUGAUUUCAGGCAACAAUUCUCAACAAUACUGAGGAAACUUUUUCUUUUUAAUCCCCUUAAAUUCGGUAGUUUAAACCAAUGUCAAGCUGGUUAGUCUGUUAUUUAAGGGUGUAAAACUUUAAAAGAAAAGUUCCACUUGCUGUUAUAGUUGGACAGUUGCUUUAUCUUGUUUAAUUUACCUUGUUGUAGUUCACUUAAUUGUUUUUGCACUGCUAGCUUUGAACAAAAGUAAUAGUUGAGCUCUCUUGGUUUGAUAAGGAUAGUGCACCCUGUAAACAAUGCUCUGUCCAACUGUUCAUGUGCUGGUUUCUGAAAUCUGCAAUAACUACUUCAUCAGGUUAAUGUUUUUACCUGAACAUAAAUAAAUAAAAUGUUUGACUCAG